CACAGCUGCCAGUUUCCAGGACAUAAAGGCAUGAAGUAAUUGUUGUUUCUUAUGUAAUCAAUUCUGCUUUUAUCUCCCACAGAACUGUUUAAUUAAAAUGGAAGAGAAUGGGUACACAGGAGUUUUGGGUGACUUUGGGCUGGCAGAGAAAAUCCCUGAUAGCACAAAUGUAGAAAAGUUGUCAGUGGUUGGAUCACCUUUUUGGAUGGCUCCAGAGGUACUUCAUAGUGAACAUUAUAAUGAAAAGGCAGACGUGUUUUCGUACGGCAUUAUUCUAUGUGAAAUUAUUGCCAGAGUACAAGCUGAUCCUGACUGUCUCCCUCGGACAGUGAACUUUGGAUUAGACUAUGAUGCAUUUCAGAACAUGGUUGGGGACUGUCCACCCAGCUUUCUUCAGCUUGCCUUCAACUGUUGCAAUGUGAGUAAAAUAUGGUAA